AUGGCAGCCCCCUCGCACAUAACUCUGCAGUCCCUCAGCGGCACCUACAAACUCAACAAACGCCUCUCCGACGACUUCGCCCAAGUCCUCGCCCUCCAGGGCGUCUCCGCUCUGGUCCGCACCGCCGCCUCUGCGGCAUCCAUCCACCUCAGCAUCACGCAACCGGACCAGCAGCACAUCCGCAUGGCGCAGAGCGUCACGGCGGGGCACAUCCCGGGAACCACGGAGGAGUAUGUCCUGGACUGGAACUGGCGGGAAGGGCAGGAUGGAUUCUUUGGGAGGGUCGAGGGGAGGAGUCGGUGGAUUGGAGUGGGGGAGGUUGGGGGCACGGGGGUUUUGGCGGGUGGCGAGGGUUUGAAGGAGGGGCCGUGGUUGCGGGGGGAUAGUGAGGGGAGGGUUAUUCAGGCGGAGGGGAGGAAGGAGGGGGAGUGGGAGGCCAGGCAUCUUUGGGGUUUUGAGGAGGUGGGUGGGGAGAGGAGGCAUACGAGGAGGGUGUACGUGAGGAACGCUCAGGGAGAGGAGUGGAGGGGUGUCAUGGUUUAUGAUUGGGUUGGCGAGUAG